GCACCAUCAAGGUUCCCGGCUCACAUGUGGUGCCCGACGUCUCUGAUGGUGAACGGUGUGGAGACUCAGUAUCCGGUGCCGGAGCCGGCUCUGCCGCUCAACUUCAUCAACAGCACCGGCAUGUGUUACGAGGCCGAGGAGGUCCGGCGCUGCUUACUCGCAGGUCUGAAGGAGAGCUCGCGCAUGUCUCACGCAGACUCUGCGCUGCUGGCUGAGAUCAUGGAUGAAGCCCGGCGGCAGGUGGGCGUGGUCUACAGCCAGGACAGCCAAUGAGCUCAUACCAUCACCUUGACAAGACGUCACUAAAGGUUUCUGGUGCGCUUACAUUUGCUCUUCUGUAUUGGUUCAACCUCAGAAUAAAAGCAGUGUUUAAUUCUCUUGA